AUGGUGCAUGCUCUUGUCCACAGCAAUGAAAAUCCCGACAAGUGUCCACACUGUGGCAAGGUAUUCACCUCUCGUGGCAGCCUCACGCGGCACAUUCAGGUUCAUUCCGGCGAGAGUCCUUACAAAUGCAUUUUUUGUGCAAAGAGAUUUACCCAGAGCUGCAAUCUCGACAAGCAAGUGCGCAUUCAUUCUGGCGAGCGAUCCUACAAGUGCAGCACUUGUGAGAAGGCUUUUACCCAGAGUAGUCAUCUAGUUAGCCAUAUGCGCAUUCAUUCAAAAACCUUUGGUGAUAUAUCUCUUCUGGAGCAGCAUCUUUCGACUCAUUGCUGCAAUUGCUCACAGUGCCAAAAGACAUGUGCUAGCCAAAAGAAACUGGAUAGGCGUAAUGCCAAUGGUCAUUCUCUUAAAAGUCCCUUCAACUAUGACCUUUGUCCAAGGAGUUUUCUAAACUGA